AUGGAGGAGAUCUUAUCGGCGAGCUUCACUAAUUCCUACUACUUUCAAGCCGAACCACCUUCUCACCUCCUAGAAAUGUCCCAAAUCUCCCAAGGCUCAUGGAGUGAAGUGGAGGGCAUGAGUUCAGGGCUCUUUAGCAUAAUGAAUAUCGGCACCCAAACCAUGCAACCGAAACGUCCAGCUGGCCAUCCCGAAAUCGAAUUUGAAGAAUGGGAUACCAGAUCGGUGAAUUUCCUUUUUGGGAAUGUUAAUAGGGCUAUCUCUGAUGGUGUGUGCGGCGCCCCAAUCGUAGACAUUGAAUCAGGUGGAGUAUCCGGCUUUUUCCAUCUGAGUGAUGGGGUCUUUGCUUAUAGUGCUGUCCUUGAUGAUCUGGUGGCCGAGGGAUGA